AAGUCGUUGUCAAGAAGCCGGUUGCUACAACAUAUAUAAAUAGAGGCGUGGUGGAGGUUAGUUUACUUCAAGCCACUGCUUUUGAAAGCUUACCCUGAAGUCUUGUACCUUUAACAGCUUUGAGAGACAUAUUUUUGUUUCAUCAACUGACAAGGUUCAAGCAACAAGGAAGAUCAUGACCUCUGAACAUCCACAAAACACGCCAGCUGGCCAUAUACAUCAAGCGAUCGGCCAGUUAUUUGACAAUGGUGAACUGUGUGACAUUUGUGUGGUCAUAGGCCAGAAAGAAAUUAAAUGCCAUGGUUUGGUCCUCGCGUCAGUUUCUCAAGUUUUUAAAAAACAAAUCAUGGCUAAUGAGAAAACAAUUCACAUCAGUUCCGAGGAUCUGUCGCCAGAACUGUUUGAACAGCUUUUGGAAAUCCUCUACAAAAACAAGGAUUUGGUAAACCAAGAAACUGCAAAAGACUUUCUUGUAAUAUCUUGCUUUCUGGAAAUAGAUUUUCUGGUUAAACGUUGUGUUGACAUUUUAAUGCACAAUUUAAUACCUCAAUAUUGUUUCCAAGUUUGGAAGUGUGCACAAAAAUAUAAACUACCGGCUCUAGCUCGCAAAGCUUGCAGAGUAGCAGCUAAAAAUAUUGCAAACAAACAGCAGGAGUGGCUGCCCUUACCUAGGUCCAUGAUAAAAACCCCAACUUUAGAGGUAGAAAAUUUGUCGGAAACAUCCUCACAAGCAUCAUCUGCUCCGUCUUCUCCCGUCACCGACACAAAUCACCAGUUUCUGUUUGAAGAAAAAUACCAGGCAAUAACUGAAGAAAGACCAAACAGUCAACUACAGACAAAGUUAAACAAGCUGACGCUGGACAUAGAAAAGUAA